AUGCUGCCCUAUGGGGCAGAGAUUGCCACACUCUCUCUGCUUACCCGCCCUGCCGUUCAUGUUGCUUCCAGAACUACCAGCCACAACACGGUCGGCAGCCAGUGCGAGCGGUGUGCGCCCGGUUUCCGCGGCGACGCUCGCCGGGGCACGCCCAACGACUGCCAGCCCAUCCGCCCUGACGUCGCCUGCAACUGCAACGGCCACUCCGACCAGUGCGACUCUUACGGACAGUGCUUGAACUGCCUGCACAACACCAUGGGUGCCUCGUGUGAGCGGUGCCUGCCUGGGUUUGUGGGAGACCCGAGCCAGGGCACGCCUGAGGACUGCCAGCCCGUGGAGAGGCCCAGGUGCAACUGUAACGGCCACUCCAGCCAGUGUGACGAGUACGGGCGCUGUGUGAACUGCCAACACAACACAGUCGGGGACAGCUGCCAGUUUUGCAUGGAAGGUUUCACAGGCGACGCGACGCGCGGCACCCCCCAGGACUGCGCCCCCAGCACACCGGUGGACCCAGAGAGGGCCUGUGAAUGCAACGGACACUCGGACGAUUGUAUCCGGGGACAGUGUGUGGACUGCCAGCACCACACGUACGGCCCCAGCUGUGAGUUCUGCCUGCCGGGCUACUCCGGGAACGCCCAGAGGGGGACGCCCAACGACUGCACACGGAUCACCCCAGACUGCAACUGCAACGGCCACUCCACCAACUGUGACGAGUACGGCAGAUGCCAGGAAUGUCAACAUAACACGUACGGUCCCCAGUGUGAGUUCUGCCUGCCUGGGUUUAACGGUGACGCCCGCGGGGGGACUCCUAAUGACUGCGUGUCCACCACAGGUGUGGCCACCUGCCAGUGCAACGGACACUCCAACACCUGCGACGAGUUCGGCCGAUGCCAGGACUGCCAACACAACACAUACGGGUUUAACUGCGAGAACUGCCUGCCCGGGUUCACCGGAGAUGCCAGGGGGGGAACCCCCCAGGACUGCCGCGCAGACCAGCCGGGCCCGGCCUGUAACUGCUACGGACACUCCGACUCUUGUGACGAGUAUGGGCGCUGUCAGGACUGCCAGCACAACACGUAUGGUCCUCAGUGUGAGUACUGCGAGUCAGGGUUCGAAGGCGAUGCACGCAGCGGCACUGCAAAUGAUUGCCAACCGGCAGCGCCCCCUUGUGAGUGCUAUGGGCACUCCAGCCAGUGUGACUCCAGUGGUAACUGUGUGGACUGCCAGCACAACACCUACGGCCCUCAGUGUGACUACUGUAUGCCUGGGUUUGAGGGCGAUGCCAGGGGAGGCACUCCUGAUGACUGCCGACAAGCGGCGCCCCCUUGUGAGUGCUACGGGCACUCCAGCCAGUGUGACUCCAGUGGUAACUGUGUGGACUGCCAACACAACACGUACGGUCCCCAGUGUGAGUACUGUAUGCCUGGGUUUGAAGGCGAUGCGCGUAGAGGCUCUGCAGAUGACUGCCAGCAAGCGGCGCCCCCUUGUGAGUGCUACGGGCACUCCAGCCAGUGUGACUCCAGUGGUAACUGUGUGGACUGCCAGCACAACACAUACGGUCCCCAGUGUGAGUACUGUAUGCCUGGGUUUGAAGGCGAUGCGCGUAGAGGCUCAGCAGAUGACUGCCAGCAAGCGGCUCCCCCUUGUGAGUGCUACGGGCACUCCAGUCAGUGUGACUCCUUUGGUGACUGUGUGGACUGCCAGCACAACACAUACGGUCCCCAGUGUGAGUACUGUAUGCCUGGGUUUGACGGCGAUGCUCGUAGAGGUACAGCUGAUGACUGUCAGCAAGCGGCGCCCCCUUGUGAGUGCUACGGGCACUCCAGCCAGUGUGACAGCAGUGGUAACUGCCUGGACUGCCAGCACAACACCUAUGGCUCACAGUGUGAGUACUGUAUGCCUGGGUUUGAGGGCGAUGCGCGUAGAGGCUCUGCAGAUGAUUGCCAGCAAGCGGCGCCCCCUUGUGAGUGCUAUGGGCACUCCAGUCAGUGUGACUCCAGUGGUAAUUGUGUGGACUGCCAGCACAACACGUAUGGCUCACAGUGUGAGUACUGUAUGCCAGGGUUUGAAGGCGAUGCGCGUAGAGGCUCUGCAGAUGAUUGCCAGCAAGCAGCGCCCCCUUGUGAGUGCUACGGGCACUCCAGCCAGUGUGACUCCUAUGGUGACUGUUUGGAUUGCCAACACAACACAUACGGUCCCCAGUGUGAGUACUGUAUGCCUGGGUUUGAAGGCGAUGCGCGUAGAGGCUCUGCAGAUGAUUGCCAGCAAGCGGCUCCCCCUUGUGAGUGCUACGGGCACUCCAGCCAGUGUGACUCCAGUGGUAACUGUGUGGACUGCCAGCACAACACAUACGGCCCUCAGUGUGACUACUGUAUGCCUGGGUUUGAGGGCGAUGCCAGGGGCGGCACUCCUGAUGACUGCCGACAAGCGGCGCCCCCUUGUGAGUGCUACGGGCACUCCAGCCAGUGUGACUCCAGUGGUAACUGUGUGGACUGCCAGCACAACACAUACGGUCCCCAGUGUGAGUACUGUAUGCCUGGGUUUGAAGGCGAUGCGCGUAGAGGCUCAGCAGAUGACUGCCAGCAAGCAGCACCCCCUUGUGAGUGCUACGGGCACUCCAGCCAGUGUGACUCCAGUGGUAACUGUGUGGACUGCCAGCACAACACAUACGGUCCCCAGUGUGAGUACUGUAUGCCAGGGUUCGAAGGCGAUGCGCGUAUAGGCACAGCUAGCGACUGUCAGCAAGCAGCUCCCCCUUGUGAGUGCUACGGGCACUCCAGCCAGUGUGACUCCUUUGGUGACUGUGUGGACUGCCAACACAACACAUACGGUCCCCAGUGUGAGUACUGUAUGCCUGGGUUUGAAGGCGAUGCGCGUAGAGGCACAGCUAGCGACUGCCAGCAAGCGGCGCCCCCUUGUGAGUGCUACGGGCACUCCAGCCAGUGUGACUCAUUUGGUGACUGUGUGGACUGCCAGCACAACACAUACGGUCCCCAGUGUGAGUACUGUAUGCCUGGGUUUGAAGGCGAUGCGCGUAGAGGCUCUGCAGAUGACUGCCAGCAAGCGGCGCCCCCUUGUGAGUGCUACGGGCACUCCAGUCAGUGUGACUCCAGUGGUAACUGUGUGGACUGCCAGCACAACACCUAUGGCUCACAGUGUGAGUACUGUAUGCCUGGGUUUGAAGGCGAUGCGCGUAGAGGCUCUGCAGAUGACUGUCAGCAAGCGGCUCCACCUUGUGAGUGCUACGGGCACUCCAGUCAGUGUGACUCUUAUGGUGACUGUCUGGAUUGCCAGCACAACACCUACGGUCCCCAGUGUGAGUACUGUAUGCCUGGGUUUGAAGGCGAUGCGCGUAGAGGCUCUGCAGAUGAUUGCCAGCAAGCGGCGCCCCCUUGUGAGUGCUAUGGGCACUCCAGCCAGUGUGACUCCAGUGGUAACUGUGUGGACUGCCAGCACAACACCUAUGGCUCACAGUGUGAGUACUGUAUGCCUGGGUUUGAAGGCGAUGCGCGUAGAGGCUCUGCAGAUGACUGCCAGCAAGCGGCGCCCCCUUGUGAGUGCUACGGGCACUCCAGUCAGUGUGACUCCAGUGGUAACUGUGUGGACUGCCAGCACAACACCUAUGGCUCACAGUGUGAGUACUGUAUGCCUGGGUUUGAAGGCGAUGCGCGUAGAGGCUCUGCAGAUGAUUGCCAGCAAGCGGCUCCCCCUUGUGAGUGCUACGGGCACUCCAGCCAGUGUGACUCCUAUGGUGACUGUUUGGACUGCCAACACAACACAUACGGUCCCCAGUGUGAGUACUGUAUGCCUGGGUUUGAAGGCGAUGCGCGUAGAGGCUCUGCAGAUGAUUGCCAGCAAGCGGCGCCCCCUUGUGAGUGCUACGGGCACUCCAGUCAGUGUGACUCCAGUGGUAAUUGUGUGGACUGCCAACACAACACAUACGGUCCCCAGUGUGAGUACUGUAUGCCUGGGUUUGAAGGCGAUGCGCGUAGAGGCUCUGCAGAUGACUGCCAGCAAGCGGCGCCCCCUUGUGAGUGCUACGGGCACUCCAGCCAGUGUGACUCCAGUGGUAACUGUGUGGAUUGCCAGCACAACACGUAUGGUCCCCAGUGUGAGUACUGUAUGCCAGGGUUUGACGGCGAUGCACGUAGAGGAACGGCUAGCGAUUGUCAGCAAGCCCAACCAGCCUGCAGCUGUCAUGGCCACUCUAGCCAGUGUGAUGCCAGUGGCAACUGUGUGGACUGCCAGCACAACACCUAUGGGCCUCGGUGUGAGUACUGCCUGCCGGGUUUUACCGGGGAGGCCCGCAGAGGAACCGCCGAGGACUGUCGCCGAGAACAGCCGUCGUGCGACUGCCACGGACACUCCAGCCAGUGCAACAGUGAUGGAACCUGUGUGGACUGCCAGCACAACACAUACGGUCCCCAGUGUGAGUACUGCCUGCCAGGGUUUGACGGCGAUGCGCGUAGAGGCACUGCUGAAGACUGCCAGCGAGCCCAGCCCGCAUGCAACUGUUAUGGACACUCUGACCAGUGUGAUUCCAGUGGCAACUGUGUGGACUGCCAGCACAACACAUAUGGCCAACAGUGUGAGUACUGUAUGCCUGGAUUCGAGGGUGAUGCGCGCAGAGGCUCUGUACUUGACUGUCAACGGGCCCAGCCCUCAUGUAACUGUUAUGGACACUCCAACCAAUGUGACUCUAGUGGAAACUGUGUGGACUGCCAGCACAACACAUAUGGCUCCCAGUGUGAGUACUGUAUGCCUGGGUUCUCUGGUGAUGCUCGUGGAGGGACCCCCACCGACUGUCAGCAGGCCCAGCCAGCAUGUAACUGUUAUGGCCACUCUGAGCAGUGUGAUACGUAUGGCAACUGUGUGAACUGCCAGCACAACACGUACGGUCGGCAGUGUGAGCUGUGCCUGCCCGGGUUCUCUGGAGACGGACGGGGGGGCACUGAGAAUGACUGUCGUCGGGACCAACCGGCCUGUAACUGCCACGGCCACUCCAACCAGUGUGAUGCCAGCGGUAACUGUGCGGACUGCCAACACAACACGUACGGUCCCCAGUGCGAGUACUGUAUGCCAGGGUUUGCUGGAGAUGCCCGUAGGGGAACAGCUAACGACUGUGUUCAGAACACACCCGAACCUGUCUGCAACUGCCACAACCACGCCAGCCAGUGUGACAGUGCAGGCAACUGUGUGGGAUGCCAGCACCACACGUACGGUGCCCGGUGUGAGUACUGUAUGGCCGGCUAUGUCGGCGACGCCACGGGCGGAACCCAGUACGACUGCCAGGAGGAGCAGCCGGCUUGCGAAUGCCACGGACACUCCAUCCAGUGUGAGCAGGAUGGGACCUGCUUGGACUGCCAACACAACACGUACGGCCCCCAGUGCGAGUACUGUAUGCCUGGGUUUGCUGGAGACGCCCGUAGGGGAACAGCUAACGACUGUGUUCAGAACACACCCGAACCCGUCUGCAACUGCCACAACCACGCCAGCCGGUGUGACAGUGCUGGCAACUGUGUGGAUUGUCAACACAACACGUACGGUGCGCGCUGCGAGUACUGCCAGGCCGGCUAUGUCGGAGAUGCUCGCAGGGGCACGGCCAGUGACUGCCAGCUGCCCCAGCCUAGAUGCAACUGCUACGGACACUCCAAUCAGUGCGAUGGCAAUGGAAGAUGUGCGAACUGCCAGCACAACACGUACGGUCCGCAGUGCGAGUACUGCCUGCCUGGGUUCUCUGGUGACGCCAGGCGAGGGACGUCCAGCGACUGCGUUCAGCAGCAGACGCAGCCGGCCUGCGAGUGCCACGGACACGCCGACGAGUGCGACAGCAGUGGAAACUGCCUGAACUGCGAACACAACACAUAUGGUCGCCAGUGCGAGUUCUGUUUGCCCGGAUAUUCCGGCGACGCAAAAGCCGGGACUGACACAGACUGUGUGCGCAACGUUCCCGAACCCAUCUGCAACUGCCACGGCCACUCCAACCAGUGUGACGAUGAUGGCAACUGUAUGAACUGCCAACACAACACGUACGGCCCCCAGUGUGAGUCCUGUCUGUCCGGCUACACCGGUGACGCCCGCGUGGGGACACCCGGGGACUGUGUACCAGAACAGACCGCCCCGGUGUGCAACUGUCACGGACACUCAGAACAGUGUGACAGCAGUGGCAACUGUGUGGACUGCCAACACAACACCUAUGGGCCUCAGUGUGAGUACUGCAUGCCUGGGUUUACUGGUGACGGCAGAGGCAGUACCCCUCAGGACUGCCAGAGGGCGGCACCAACCUGCAGCUGCAAUGGACACUCUGACCAGUGUGACGCCAGUGGAAACUGCCAGAAUUGCCAACACAACACAUACGGUCCCCAGUGUGAGUACUGUAGGCCUGGGUUUGAGGGUGACGCUCGACGAGGGACACCAAAUGACUGUCAGCAGGCCCAGCCAGCAUGUAACUGUAACAGCCACUCCGACCAGUGUGACGCCAGUGGUAACUGUGUGAACUGCCAGCACAACACGUACGGCCCCCAGUGUGAGUACUGUAGGCCUGGCUUCUCAGGAGACGCUCGGCAGGGGACACCCACUGACUGUCAGGCCGCGCGGCCGGCGUGUAACUGCUACGGACACUCAGACAAGUGCGACGAGAACGGCCGAUGUUUGGACUGCCAACACAACACGUACGGGUCCCAGUGUGAGUUCUGCAUGCCCGGGUUUGACGGAGACGCCCGGCGAGGGACGCCCAACGACUGCCGCGGUGCCCAGCCUGGCCCGGCCUGCAACUGCUACGGACACUCCAGCAGCUGUGAUGAGUACGGAAGGUGUCAGAACUGCCAGCACAACACGGAAGGCGAAAACUGCGAACGGUGUGUGUCUGGCUACUCGGGGGACGCGACUCAGGGAACGCCCAAUGACUGCCGAGCUUCCGCCGCCCCCUCAUGCAACUGUCACGGCCACUCUGACCAAUGCAGUUCAGACGGUGCUUGUGUGAGCUGCCAGCACAACACGUACGGCAGCCAGUGCGAGUACUGCAUGCCAGGGUUCACCGGGGACGCCCGCAGGGGCACUCCGCAGGACUGCCAGAAGCAGCAGACCCAGCCUCAGGUCUGCAACUGCAACGGCCACUCCACCACAUGCAACGACCUGGGGGUUUGCCAGGACUGCCAGCACAACACAUACGGAGCCAACUGUGAGCUCUGCUUGCCUGGGUUUGCUGGUGACGCGCGGAGGGGAACAGCUAACGACUGCACGCCCGAACGCCCGGCCUGUAACUGCCACGGCCACUCGACUGAGUGUGAUGCUAACGGCAACUGUGUGAACUGCCAGCACAACACAUUUGGCCGCCAGUGUGAGCUGUGCCUGCCUGGGUUCUCCGGUGACGGGCGAAGGGGAACGCCGACCGACUGUCAGCCGGCCCAGCCUGCCUGUAACUGCCACGGCCACUCCGACCAGUGCGAUCCCAGCGGGAGAUGUGUGAACUGUCAGCACAACACAAUGGGCGCCAGGUGCCACCUCUGCCUGCCCGGCUACCAGGGCGAUGCCAAAACGGGGACCUCCUAUGAUUGCCGGCCCACGGUGGUACCAGAGUGCGACUGUCACGGGCACUCUAAUGAGUGUGACAUUCUGGGAAGAUGCAUCAACUGCCAGCACAACACGUACGGUGUUCAGUGUGAGUUGUGUGCGCCCGGGUUCUCCGGUGACGCCCGGCGCGGCACGGCUAACGACUGUGCUCAGGACCAGGCACGCCGCUGCAACUGCCACGGGCACUCCAACCUGUGUGAUGACCUGGGCAGGUGCAUGAACUGCCAGCACAACACCAUCGGGUUCCAGUGUGAGGAGUGCCGCCCCGGUUUCUAUGGCGAUGCGCGGAGGGGCACGCCCAACGACUGCCAGCCCCGCCAGGUCCAGCCGCCUGUCCGACCGCCUGUGCAGCCGCCUGUGCAGCCUGCGAGAUGCGACUGCAACGGACACUCCGAACAGUGCGAUCCUUUCGGGAGGUGUAUCAACUGCCAGCACAACACCAUGGGCGUCCGCUGCGAGCAGUGCCAGCCUGGUUUCCGGGGUAACCCGUACGGCGGGGGCGGCUGCCUGGCCUCCGACCCCCAGCCCAGGUGUGACUGCCACGGACACUCGGACGUGUGCGAUGCCGAGGGGAGGUGCAUGAACUGCCAGCACAACACGUACGGAGACCGGUGCGAGCGCUGUGCUCAGGGCUAUGAGGGAGACGCGCGGGCAGGCACGGCAGACGCCUGCAGGCUCAGCAACGUUGUACAGCCUCGGCCCUGCAACUGCUACGGUCACUCUGACCAGUGCGAUGACAAUGGACGAUGCUUGAACUGCCAGCACAACACCAUAGGUGCGUACUGCAGCCAGUGUGCGCCCGGCUACGAGGGCGACGCUCGGCAGGGCAGGCCUGACGACUGCCGGCCCAGAGUGCCCCUGAAGCAAGCCUGUAUUUGUAACGGACAUUCUGACCAGUGUGACGAUUCUGGCAGGUGCCUGAACUGCCAGCACAACACAUACGGAGACCAGUGCGAGCGCUGCGCUCAGGGCUAUGAGGGAGACGCACGGGCAGGCACGGCAGACGCCUGCAGGCUCAGCAACGUUGUACAGCCUCGGCCCUGCAACUGCCACGGUCACUCUGACCAGUGCGAUGACAAUGGACGCUGCUUGAACUGUCAGCAUAGCACCAUGGGCCCCCAGUGUGAGCAGUGUAUGCCAGGGUUAGCAGGAGAUCCCACCAGAGGGACUCCGGACGACUGCAAGCCUCCGCGCAGACCCUCCUGCCGAUGCAACGGCCACUCCAACCUGUGUGACAUCCAGGGCAUUUGUGUGAACUGCCAGCAUAACACAAUGGGAAGAAACUGCGAGCUGUGCCGUCCAGGGUUCACAGGCAACCCACUGGCUGGAACACCUACGGACUGCCGGCCUGUACAACUGCCCUGCAACUGUCACGGCCACUCGGACACGUGCAAUGCCAGGGGAAGCUGCCUGAACUGCCAGCACAACACUGUAGGCACGCAGUGUGAGUUCUGCCAGCCAGGCUACACCGGGGAUGCCCGCCUGGGAACUCCUGAUGCCUGCCAGCCACAGGCUCCACUGUGCAGCUGCAACGGCCACUCCAACCAGUGUGACGCACAGGGCAAGUGUCUGAACUGUGAGCACAACACGGAAGGCCCGCGAUGCGAGAGAUGCCAGGCCGGGUUUGUUGGAGACGCCACCAGUGGACAAAAGGACGCCUGCAAGCCCAUAUCCCAGCCCUCCAAACCCUGCAGCUGUAACGGGCAUUCAACCACUUGUGACAAGGAUGGAAACUGCUUGAACUGUGAACACAACACAGAAGGGCGGAGCUGCGAGCGCUGCAGACCGGGCUUCUCCGGUAACGCUAAGCUGGGCACGGCCGACGCCUGCAAGCCCAGGGUGCCGUGCGAGUGCAACGGCCACUCCACCGACUGCGACAGCGAAGGCAAAUGUCUGAACUGCAAACAUAACACGGAGGGCGACAAGUGUCAGAAGUGCAAAGCCGGGUACAAAGGAGACGCCACCCAGGGAACCUUUAUCGACUGCAAACCUAUCCCAGCAUGCUUCUGCAACGGCCACUCUGACCUCUGUGACAAUUCUGGCAAAUGUCUGGACUGCAAGCAUUUCACAGAGGGCCCUAACUGUGAACGGUGUGCCCCUGGGUACAGGGGAGACGCUAAGAAGGGAACACCGAACGACUGCAAACCUAAGGUUACAGAGACCGCUAAACCCACUGACAAACCAGUGGUCAAACAACCUACCGAGAAACCGGAGGCUAAGCCCACUGAAAGGCCAGUGGUUAAGCCGACAGACAAACCUGGGACGAAACCGUGUGAAUGUAACGGACAUUCCUCGACUUGUGACAGCAAGGGACAGUGUCUGGACUGUAACCACAACACAGAAGGCCCGCACUGCGAGGUUUGCCGCCCCGGCUACACCGGCGAUGCCACCAAGGGAACUGCCCAGGACUGCAAGCGCCACGAGCCAUCCAAAUGCCCCAUGUGUAACGGCCACUCGUCCACAUGCCCCAACGGCAGAUGUCAGAACUGUCUGCACAACACAGUUGGCCAGUUCUGUGAGCAGUGUAAACCUGGUUUCUAUGGUGAUGCCACAACUGGCACCUACUUGGACUGCAAGCGGUGCCCGUGCCCACUGGCCCUCCCAUCCAAUCAGUUCUCCCCCACAUGUGUGCUGGACAUCGAUGGCAAACCCACCUGCACAGCCUGUCCUGCCGGAUACAUGGGCAGGGACUGUGGAACAUGUGCUCCAGGCUACAUUGGCAACCCAAGAAUCCAAGGACAGACGUGCAAGAAAAAUCCAGUCGGUGCCCCCACGGUGAGAAUCUCCCCCUCCGCUCUCAGCUCAGAACCCGGAUCGUCAGUCACGCUCAGCUGUGACGUCAGCGGAGCCAGGCCUGUCAAGUUAUUCUGGGGGCGGAAGGACGGCCAGCCCCUCCCUCCGCGUGCCCACGUGAGGAGCGGCACCAAGGACUCCCUGCUGGUGAUCGACCCGCUAGAAGACGCGGACGCUGCCACCUACGUGUGCACAGCCGUCAACCCGCUGGGCACCGGGGACCAGCAGGCUGUGGUAGCCAUCAAGCCUAAUGAAUGAUAAUAAUGUUACUGUUGAGGGUGGAUGUGGAUUAGCCUGGCUGCCAUCCUCUGUAGUUACUGCCGGCUCAAUUUUAAAAAGUACUACAUAGAAAUGUGACCCAGGCAGUCGUAUAGCCAUCAAGCCUAAUGUAUGAUUUCUCAGAAUGGAUGUGUAAUAGCUUGGGUGCCUCCCUCUGUAGUUACUGCUAGCUCUUUCCUAACAGUAACACAGCAAAAAAAAAGAGAGCCGGUGAUAACUACAGUUUAGAGGAUGGCACCCAGGCAGUCUUGGACGUAAAGCCAAAUGAUUGAUUUCUCAGAGUGGAUGUGGACUUACCUGGGUGCCAUCCUCUGUAGUUACUGCCGAUUCUCUCUUAACAGUAAGAAAGCGAAAAAGAGAGCCAGCUAUAACUACAGAGGAUGGUACCCAGGCAGGCAUGGACAUCAAGCCAAAUGAAUGUGUUAGAAUGGAUUAGCCUGGGUGCCAUCCUCCGUUAGCCUCCAAAGGGCCUUCAGAAAGGAGUAUGGACCAUACUCAAAAUUUUCAGCAAAAAAAGGGAAAUAAUUGGCCAGGAGAGUUAGUCUGCAGAAAGGGUACUAGAAAAUAAAUUCUACAGUGGUCACACUCCCCUGGCCAGUUAUUCUCCCAAUUUGGCUAAAUUUCAGUUUUUUAGUCUGUUGGAGAUUUAUCCUCUGUCUGUAGUUACUGCCAGCUCUCUCUUCACAGUGAAAAAGUAGAGAGAGCCUGCAGUAACUAAUAGUAUGUAGGAUGGCACACAGGCUGUCGUGGAUAUUAAGACAUGCAUGUCCCAGAAUAGAUGUGUGGAUAUCACCUGUGUGUGUUUGUUCUCUCUCCCAUCCAGUCCAGGGCAGCUAGCAGAAGAAUGUAGGCCAGUGAACUGUGAUUUUU